CACAGGAGUCAAGUCAGGCUCUCGGAGUGUGAAAGAGGUCCGAGCUGAUCUCACACACUCACUUGACUGGUUAAAAGCGGACAGCAUCCUGCCUGAGUGCUUCAGUUCAGAUGAACAGGAGGACUGAACACACUCACUCCGGCUCCACACCUUUCACACCGAACUCUUUCUCUCUGACUCUCUCUGCUCGGGUUCGUCUUUUCCUUAACAUAAACGUCUGUCACGAGGAUUAUUUUUGAACCUUUUCGCCUUUUUCCCCUACGCGGAUGACUUUUUCUCUCUCUUUUCAUACAGUGAGUAGAUAUAAACAGUACAGUUUGUACUCAGACUUUGGUGAGUUCGCGUUUGUGCCUUUUUCACUUUUCACCAUGGACAAAGGAAGAAUUUUGAAGUGACUUCUUCACUCACAACACUUAAGGAAACUUUGAGUUUACUUUGUAUUUACUUUCGCUGUAGCGUUUGAAAGCAGUGGACAUGGAUAAAUACGAGGAUUUGGGGCUCGAAGCGAGCAAAUUCAUCGAGGACCUGAAUAUGUACGAGGCGUCCAAGGACGGACUGUUCCGCAUGAAGAGGGACGCAGGAAAUAACCCGGACUUUGAGGAAACCAGGAAGGUGUUCGCCUCCAAAAUGACCAAAAUCCACAUGCAGAAGCAUCAAGAAGAGAUGGCGAGAAACACCCUUCCAGAAAGGUUAAACGGUGGACACGUCAAAGUAGCAGAUGGCACGUUUUACACCAAAGACAGACCACCUAUCAGUAGCUCCAGACAUGAAGCUGCAUCUAAGCCACCCAUUCUCUCAGGACCGAGCACAUGUUAUGAAGGACAUAAGCAUCAUCCACUCAGCCCACAUGAUGCCAGGGUUUUUAGCUAUGGAAGCAAUCAUGACCUCUUGCGCUCAUGCCAUAAUCCAUCAGUGGAACUUGGAAACUCUUAUCAUCAAACUAUGCCUUUUCCUACCAGUCCAUCUGGCACUUGGGCAUCUAAGAACAAUCCUCAAUGCCAGGCGUCAUCACCCACGCUUAGCCUGAGUUCAAGCGCACCUGGGUCUAACAUGAACCAUGGAGCAACUCCUCCUCUUCGUCAGAGCUCACCAUGCCAAACUUUAACAUCCACUGGGAAGCUUGAUUGUUUCCCACCAUCAGACACAGAUGCUCAUGGAGAACCAGACUCUCACCACAAGUCUUCUCCUUAUGUUAGCCCUACUCAUCACUCUGAACCCAUCAUGUCUCAGAAAACCUAUGGAGACCCACGCCAUAAUGGGGUUCCUCAAAGCACUGGGACGUGCUCUGCUGUCCAGCUGUCCCCAAUAGCACAAAGCCAACCAGAAACACCUCAGCCUAAAGGUCAAGUCCAGUGCCACACUCGAGGACAUAGCAGUCCUACUGUUUCAGACAACCUGGCGAACUCGACUGCAGAGCCAGCCAGGAGUGAUACCCACAGCCCCCCUCAGGCGCUCAAACUGCCAUGCCACACUCUCCAUAUACAGCCCGAGCCUGGGCCGUCUGCAGCUGAAAUAAAAUUAGAAGCUCUAACUGAACGCCUGGAAAAGGAGAUGGAUGCCCAGCCUAAGGCUGACUACUUCGGCAGUUGUGUGAAAUGCAGUAAGCCUGUGUAUGGAGCCAGUCAGGCUUGCCAGGCCAUGGGUAGCCUCUACCACGACAGCUGCUUCACCUGCAGUGCCUGCAGUCGGAAGCUCAGGGGGAAAGCAUUUUACUAUGUUUCUGGGAAGGUGUUUUGUGAAGAGGAUUUUCUGUACUCUGGCUUUCAGCAGUCAGCUGACAAAUGCAGUGUAUGUGGCCACCUGAUCAUGGACAUGAUCCUGCAGGCACUGGGCAAGUCCUACCAUCCAGGCUGCUUCCGCUGUGUCAUCUGUAACGAGAGCCUGGACGGCGUGCCUUUUACUGUGGACACAGAGAACAAGAUCUACUGUGUCAAAGACUACCACAGGGUCCUUGCUCCUAAAUGUGCCGCAUGCAGUCAGCCAAUCCUGCCCUCUGAGGGGUCUGAUGAAACCAUUCGAGUGGUAUCUAUGGAUAAAGACUAUCAUGUAGAAUGCUAUCACUGUGAGGACUGUAAGAUGGAGCUGAAUGACGAAGAAGGGCAUCGCUGUUACCCACUAGAUGGCCACUUGCUGUGCCACACAUGCCACCUCAAACACAUCGAGUCAAGCUGCCCGUCUGUCUGAGGAGAAGAAGAAUCAGUUGUGGAUAUCUUCUGCCCCCUGUGGCUGUAAGGAGACAGUGAUGCCAAACUUUCAUGCUUGACUUCAAAUCAGUUGCAGUUGUAGGAUUAAAGAAUAAACCUCAUGUUACUUCCAGGUCACAGCUCUCUGUGUGUCUGCGUCAGUAUUGUUAUAACCUAAUUAUUUUUAUUUUACUAUUUUUAAGAGCUGUACCUAAAUUGUCAGAUUCAUCUCAGUAUAAUUAUUUAUAUUUUCAUUUUAAUUCAGCCCAGAGUGAUGUAGGCUGGUUAGUCAUGAUGACCAUGAUAAAAAUUUUAUUGGCUUAGAACUUAAAAUUUGACCACUCUGUAUCAUAGAUUCAAUUCCCCAUAGUAAUUAACUUCAAGGUUGCAUUUAUUACUUUCAAAUUACAAACUCAAAUUGUAAAAACAAAAAAAAAGAAUAAUAAAAAAAAUAAUGACAAUUGUUAGAGAUUUUUUAAUCUCCUUUAAGUAGAUAAAAAAGGAGAAAAAUAACUUAUGGUAUGAAAGUAUGACCGAGUGACCAGGUAUUAUUUUGUAUUGAUUUAUUCAUCUACAUGUCUGUUAUUUAUCUUUACAAUCUUGUAACACAAAAUUAUCCUAUGACAGUAAUGUCAUAUAUGUUUAUGUUUAAGAGAAUGCAAAAAUGCGUGUUACCUCUUAUUCAAAUACAUAAUUUCAAAAAAUGUGGCUCUGUCAUGCUUUUUGAGUUUUGUUGUGCCAUUUUAUAAUAAAUAAAAUAUCCUACAUAUUUCCUUAUUAUUAGUUUAUUCUAGUGAAUCAAAGCAGUAUAUAGCAGUUGUAUAUAAAUGUGUGCAUACUGGAGUUCAGUGUAAUUUUCUGUAGAGAAUUCAACAUGUAGUACCUCAUGUUCUUGCUAGGUUUCUUUAUUGGGUUUCAUCUCUACACAAGGACUUCACUCUGCACCGAAUUCAGUCAUUUAACCUUCAUGUUCAUCUUACGGUGUAUUCAUGUAAGAAAUGAAAAGACUAUAAAAGUGUCAGAUUUUGUGUAAAAAGAAAUGGAGCUAUGUAUUUUGACAAAUUAAUAAUAUAUCACUGAAAUAAGUAAAUCCUUUUAUAAACCCAUGUGCUUGAUCUGCUCAUAGUUGUGCAGGUGUAAAAGUGAUUUUCAUUAAUCAGUGCAAGUGAAUUUGAUUGUAAACAAUUGUUGAGUAUUAAAGCAAUUUAUAACUGA